CAGCAGCAUCCAGCCGGAGGAGACGCAGCAGCGGAGCCGCGAUGUUUGUCCUGUUCGCCGCCGCGGGGCUCGGACUCGUUACGCUGCUGGUCAUCGUGUUCGCUCCGAACAUCAGAAAAUACGCAGCAGGAGGAGUUUGUAAAUCUUCAGCUCGACUGGACGGGAAGACGGUCCUCAUCACUGGAGCCAACACGGGGAUCGGCAAGGAGACGGCCCUGGACCUGGCAGUGAGAGGAGCUCGGGUGAUCAUGGCGUGCCGAGACGUGGAAAAGGGCGAAGAGGCUGCAGCCAGUAUACGAGCUUCAUACUCCCAAGCACAAGUGGAGGUCAGAGAGCUCGACUUGGCCGACACCUGCUCGAUACGAGCCUUCGCACAGAAGUUCCUGAGAGAGGUCAACCAUCUUCACAUCCUCAUCAACAACGCCGGGGUGAUGAUGUGCCCCUACACCAAAACCAUCGAUGGCUUUGAGAUGCACAUCGGAGUCAAUCAUUUGGGUCACUUCCUGCUGACGUCCCUCCUCAUCGGGCUGCUGAAGCGCAGUGCGCCGGCCCGGAUCGUGGUCGUCUCGUCUCUGGCGCACAACUUCGGCUGGAUCCGUUUCCACGACCUCCACAGUCAGGGCAGCUACAACAGCGGGCUCGCCUACUGCCAGAGCAAACUGGCUAACGUGCUCUUCGCCAGAGAGUUGGCCCGCAGACUCACAGGCACCAGUGUGACGGUGAACUCAGUCCAUCCGGGGACGGUGAACUCUGACCUGACCAGACACUCGACCCUCAUGACGAUAUUUUUCACCGUCUUCUCCAUGUUCCUGAAAACUCCUCGGGAAGGAGCACAGACCAGCAUCUACUGUGCUGUGGCAGAGGAACUGCACUCAAUCUCUGGGAAACACUUCAGCGACUGCGCUCCUGCCUUCGUAGCCCCACAGGGAAGAAGCGAGGAGACGGCGAGGAGACUGUGGGAUGCCAGCUGCGAGCUUCUUGGCAUCGAGUGGGACUGAUUCAACUUUUUAAACCGCCAUCUAUCUCAGUUCUCCCGAGGAGUCCUUACCCUUUCUGUUCAGCAUUCACUUCAUUUAGUUCAAUAUGGUUUCGAUGUUCUGUCAUUUCUUUUCCUACCUAAUAAGCAGUCAGGUAAAAUUCUGUAAGAGGUACUAUAAUGUGAAGUUGCUUUUUUGUGUAAUAAUGCAGAAAUUACAUCAUAAUAACUUGAGUAUUUUUGGUGCUCUACGGCGGCUAAUCCAACCAAAACCACUCGACUGUAUUAUCGUGUAACCACAAAUACCUUUUUUGACUCUAUAUUUUUGUGACACAAUGUGAAUACAGUGUAGGCAAAAAAGCAACUUGAUGUAUCGUGACGCUGUAGGAUACAGUGAAAGGUCAACGCAGGGUAAACGACCAGCAUUUUUAUCAAAUAUUGUGUUUUGAUUUCUCCAGAAUCUGCAGUUAAAUUGCUCGACUUUCGUGCCAGCGUUUCUAAAAACAAGUGCAGGGGUUCUUACAGCGUUUCCAGGUCGACAUAAACUUCUAAAAACUAUCGAAUAUCCGCGUGAGUCUGAGCCACAACUACCGCUUGAAUUGCAUAAAUGUAUUUUGUGAUAACUGUACUAGUUAUUGUACAAGAUGAGGAGGUUUUUCUAUUUAAAAAGAAAAUCAUUUGCAAUUUUUUUCCCACUUGCAUCGUCGGCACAAUCUGCACAUUCCUGGAGGAACGGCAGUUUUACAUUUCCAAGGAUCUCCCAACUCAUGUUUCCUUCGCAGCAUUCACAUGCAAGGUGGCCAAGAGUUUACAUUCUGUGUUUUAUACAAGUGAAACAUGCCUUUUACUACACUUACAUUCAUGUUAAGAGUUGAAUGUUUACAUUUUAUGUAAAUAAAAUGAAAUAUUACUAUAAA